UUAUGACAGAUAAAAGAAUAGACAAAUAUAUUUUUAAUGUGAAAGAUAGAAUUGGAUAAGGAUCUUAUGCUGAAGUAUUUAAAGGAACAAAUGAAAAAACUGGAGAAAAAGUGGCAAUCAAAAUGUUAAGCAAAUCUGUAAUCAAUGCGUAAUUUUAUCUAUUUAUUUAUUUAGAGAUGAUUAUCUUAGGGAGGGACUGAUUUAGGAAAUUAAAAUUAUGCAGAAAUUAAAAAGCCCUAAUAUCGUCUAAUUGUUAGAUGUUAUGGAAACAAACAAUAAUUAUUAUAUUGUUUAAGAAUACUGUGAUGGAGGGGAUUUUGAUGAGUAAAUUAUCAUAUUUUACUUUAAGACAUCUAAAAAAAAAGAAGUUACUCUAAGAAAAAGAAGCAAUCAAAUUCCUAGUUGAUGUACUAAAUGGAUUUACACAUCUUAUUAAAAAUGGUAUAAUUCAUAGAGAUCUCAAACCAGCAAAUAUUUUAAUUGACAAAUAAGUAAGUUCAAUAAUUUAUAAAGACUUACAAACUAGCAGAUUUUGGAUUUGCAAAAUGUGUUGAUAAUUUUAAAAAAACAAUGAUGGCUUCAAUGGUUGGUACUCCAUUAUACAUGAGUCCUCAAAUCUUGGAUCAUAAGAGAUACAAUUCCAAAACUGAUGUUUGGAGCAUAGGCUUUAUCUUCUAUGAAGCAUUAUUUGGCAAAAGUUAAUCAAAUUUUUAGAUUUUUUCUAGCUCCUUGGACAGCCAGAUCUCCAGCAGAAUUACUAAAAAAUAUCAGAACCUAACCUUUAAAAUUUCCUACAGAUAAAAAUUAAGUCUCAUAAGAAACCUAAGAUUUGAUUAUUGGGUGUCUGCAAGCAGAUGAAAAUAAAAGAAUGUCUUGGGAGGAAAUCUACAAACAUCCAGCAAUUAGUCAAUAUUUUUCGGUAAUUCUUUUGUAUUUUAUCUUUUAAAGGAUUUUAUCAAAGGAAAUAACAAAUUAGAAGAUAAGGCUCAAUAUUUAAUUAAUGAUAUUAGAUAGAUGAUAUGCAAAGAGAAAAUUGAUAUUCAUAAAUUAUUUGCAGAUUUAGACAUGUCAAAAGAUAAAGCUUUAGAUGUUAAUGAAUUGGGAAAAUUUCUAUAAAAAGUAGAUAAAGAUAUUACAAGAGAAGAAAUUGAAUAUAUAUUUAAUAAAUUUGAUGAUGAUGGUAAUAAUUAAAUUGAAUUUGAGGAAUUUAAAAAAUGGUUAGAAGAUAAUUAAGUAAUUAAUUUAUAUAUAUUUAUUAAUAGAUUGUUACAAAUGCUAAUCCAUAAUAAUAAUAAAGAGGAGGUGGAUCACAGAAAAAAUUGUCUAUUUUACCCCAUUAAUUAAAGUCUCAGAGUUCUAUUGAAGAGAGAGCUAAUUAUGUUAUAGAGAAAUUAAAAUUAUCAAUCUAAAAAUAUAAAAUCAAUUUGUUAGAUUUAUUUAAAAAAGUGAUAAUAUAUUUUGAUUAAUUUAGUUUGAUAAAUCAGCAGAUUAAAGAUUAGAUAAAAAUGAAAUGGGGUUACUUUUAAAGAGAAUUGAGCCUAACAUUUCAUAAGAAGAAAUAAUUGCUUGCUUUGAAUUUUUUGAUGCUAAUGGUGAUGGUGAAAUCACAUUUUAAGAAUUCUAAACAAGUUUAAGUGAAGAAGUUGGGAAAAAGAGAUAAAGUAUAGACCAUCAUGAAUGAAAUAUUUGCAUUAUAAUAUAGUAAUUAUUAAAAUUAAAUGAGUUUUGAUCAAUUAUUGUUAUCUAGACCACUUUAUAGUCCAAAAUACAAACAUUAAGCAUUUACUAUUCAUUCACAUAAUCCAACUCCUUAUAGUAUUACAACUUAAGUUUCACCUAUUGAAUCUCCAAGAAUAGGAGACCUUUCAACAAUUCCUAAGACUUCUGAAAGAGGAUAAUUGUAUGAUAAAUUAAAAGCCAGCUUGAAAAACUAAGAAGUAAUAAAGUCUAUUUAGAAUGGAAUAAAAGGUUAAAAGGUGAGAGAUGCUUAUAAUUUACUUUCAGAUUUCAAUGAUAAAAAAUAAAUAAUAUAAUCUUUAAAAUCAUUAUCUACAGCUGAUGAAAGGUAAUUAUAUUUUUAAUAUAAUUUAUUGUUUAGAAUUUUACUAAUUGAUAAAAUUUUAGAGAGAAAAGAAGAGAUGUAAGUAGCUGCUCUAAGAUUAAAAGCAAAAAAAUUAGAACCAAUUUUUAAUGUUAUAAGAAGGAAACUUAAACUAAAACAACCAUUAAAUUCAUCUGCAGAUAGAAUGAAAAAGUAAUCAAUUUUUGGUUCAAGAUCAACUGAUCCUACCAAUGAUAUAUAAAAUCCAAUGCAUUCUUAUAGAAAUUUAGAUGAAUAAUAAUAAUAAUAAGAUGAAAAUACUAGAAAAGAAUUAGUUAUGGAGAAAAUAUAAAAUAAAUAUGCAGCAUCUGUUGCUUUUUCUUGGUUAACCAAUAGAACAGAAAAAUAAGGUAUAAAUUAUAAUUUUAAUGAAAUUUGAGAAUCUUUAAUCCAUAAUUUAUCUCCAGAAUCUAUUAAAAGACAUAAUAGAAGAAAUACUACAUUAAAAUAAAGUCAUAAAGGGAUAACAGGUUUAAAAUAGAUGAUUACUAAAAAAGUGAGUGAAAAUUCUGAUGAAAUGAUUAGAUUAGGAUAAAUGAAAAUGUUAGAAAAUCAAUAAAAAUCUUAUAAAUCUAAAGAUAUAAUAGCAAAAUCAAAACCAAAGGUAGAUACAGGGAGAAUAAAGAGUGUAUAAGUUAAUAGAUCAUUAAGAAAAAAAUAGACUUUAGAUUUCUUUACAAAUGAAAGAAAAGAAAAUUCAGAGUUAACAUAAUAAAUAGCAAAUGAAAAAAGUAAUUUCAUGUUAAGGAGAAAGUUAAUCAUCAAUGAAUGA